UGGCCGAAAACUAUCAGGAAAACAUUAAUCGAGGGAGAACUAAGAUUCCGUAGCAAAUUCAAUCUGCUGCGGGGUCUUGAUAAAAUCUAUCAUGGCCAUUUUCCAUUUUCUGGUGAGGGCUUGAUUUGACGUGGGCCAAAUAAUCCAGCGUGGAUCAAGGAAAAGAGGGAAUCAUGCAGUCCGCCGAGGGUCCGCACGUCCAGGCAUCAGCAGAAACGGAAAUAAAUUGCAAUGGUUUCUAAGCGGGAGGGCAUGUCGGGGAGUUUUAACAAUAAUAAUAAGGCAUUGCCUGUUGUGGUGCCGGUUUUGCCCAUGCCUUAUGGACCUGUGGAAGCGAGCUGGGACACAGAGGAGGAUGCGCCAGGGCCCCGUUGCGGACAUAGUCUCACUGCCGUUGCAGCCAUUGGCAAGCCGGAUGCUGCGGAUUACAUAGGGCCGCGGCUUAUCUUGUUCGGCGGCGCCACUGCCAUUGAUGAUGGCAACUCUGCCUUCGGUGGCGGAAUAAGAUUGGCAGGUGUUACAAAUGCGGUGCAUGCUUAUGACUUGCUUUCUAGGAAAUGGAAAAGGUACCAUCCAGGAGGGGAGCCUCCAUCUCCAAGGGCUGCACAUACAGCAACUGCAGUGGGAACCAUGGUUGUAAUUCAGGGUGGUAUUGGUCCUGCUGGACAUUCUACUGAUGACUUAUAUGUGCUUGACUUAACCCAUUCAAAGUUCAAAUGGCACAGGGUGGUUGUGCAAGGACCUGGACCAGGACCACGUUAUGGCCAUGUGAUGGACUUGGUUGCUCAAAGAUAUAUUGUAACUGUUAGUGGAAAUGAUGGUAAACGAGCAUUAUCUGAUGCAUGGGCACUGGACACUUCACAAAAGCCAUAUCAAUGGCAGAGGCUUGAGCCAGAAGGAGAUAGACCGUGUGCUCGGAUGUAUGCAACAGCUAGUGCACGUGCAGAUGGUAUGCUUCUGCUUUGUGGGGGAAGAGAUAUUGCUGGCAUGCCCCUUUCUGAUGCAUAUGGCUUGUUGAAACAUAGAGAUGGACGAUGGGAGUGGACUCUUGCUCCUGGAGUAUCACCAUCACCCCGAUAUCAGCAUGCAGGGGUUUUUGUAGAUGCAAGGUUGCAUGUUUCAGGGGGAGCUCUUAGAGGUGGUCGGAUGGUGGAAGGGUUCCCCACCAUUUCAGUGCUAGAUACUACUGCUGGAUUGUGGCUUGAUCGAAAUGGAGUUGUCACAUCUUCUCGAACAAAUAAGUCUCAUGUAGAAUCUGAUUCACCUUUGGAGCUUCUAAAGCGUUGUCGGCAUGCAGCAGCUUCUUUUGGGAGUCAAAUAUACAUUUAUGGUGGAUUAAGAGGAGAGAUGUUGCUUGAUGAUUUUCUAGUGUCAGAGGACCUUUGUCCACAAGAAAGUAGAUUAUCUCCAAUGCGUGCAGGAACUGCUCUAUCCAGUGGUACUUCCAGAAAGGACAAUGAUGCUAAUUAUUACAUGGUUGAUCAAAAUUAUAGGAUUCCCACAGCCUCUGCAAACAGAGAUGUAAUGGUGGAUGGGGUUCCCAGCAUGAGUGAAAAAGGGCUUGAGGCACUGGAGAAGGCUUCUGCUGCUGAGGCUGAAGCAGUGAGUGCACAUUGGGCAGCUGCAAUGGCAGCUGCUGCGGACAGGAUGGAAAAUGAGGAACCAAUAGAAAACAAUAACUCUUCUGAUCAAGCCAGUGAAAAUGUUGUUACCUCAGUUUCUACCUUGAUGUCUCAUGAAUCUCUUGAAUCAGAUGUGCGCCUUCACCACAGAGCAGUUGUGGUUGCUAAAGAACCGGUAGGAAACCUUGGUAAUCUUGUGCGGCAACUAUCUUUGGAUCAGUUUGAGAACGAAGGGCGGAGAAUGAGCCCCUGGAAUAUGGACAAUGGACAGGGUGCUAAAAGACUGCUUAACAGACAAAAAUCUCCUGUUGGCCUGCAUAAAAAGGUGAUUGCUUCAUUGCUUAAGCCUCGUAACUGGAAGCCUCCUGCAAAUAGGCGAUUCUUCUUGGAUUCCUACGAAGUGGGUGAGCUUUGUUAUACUGCAGAACAAAUCUUUAUGCAGGAGCGGACAGUUUUACAGUUGAAGGCUCCGGUCAAAAUAUUUGGGGAUCUGCAUGGGCAGUUUGGUGAUUUAAUGCGCUUGUUUGAUGAAUAUGGAUUUCCUUCAACAGCUGGAGACAUCACGUACAUUGACUAUCUCUUUUUGGGAGAUUAUGUUGAUCGAGGACAGCACAGUUUGGAAACCAUUACUUUGCUCCUUGCUCUAAAGAUUGAGUACCCUGAAAAUGUACAUUUAAUUCGCGGAAAUCAUGAAGCUGCCGACAUCAAUGCACUUUUUGGAUUUCGACUGGAAUGUAUUGAACGGAUGGGGGAGAAAGAUGGCAUAUGGGCCUGGACACGCUUCAAUCAACUUUUUAAUUGGAUUCCUUUAGCAGCACUCAUAGAAAAAAAAAUUAUCUGUAUGCAUGGUGGGAUUGGAAGGUCUAUAAAUUAUUUGGAACAGAUAGAGAGCCUGCAACGGCCCAUAAGUAUGGAUGCUGGAUCUAUUGUUCUUAUGGAUCUUUUGUGGUCUGAUCCAACAGAGAAUGAUAGUGUGGAAGGCUUGCGACCAAAUGCCAGAGGUCCAGGGCUGGUCACAUUUGGGCCUGAUCGUGUAUUGGACUUCUGCAAAAAAAACAAUUUGCAGCUAAUUAUUCGGGCACAUGAGUGUGUAAUGGAUGGUUUCGAACGUUUUGCUCAAGGCCAUUUGAUUACCCUAUUUUCUGCAACAAACUACUGUGGCACAGCAAAUAAUGCUGGUGCAUUGCUGGUUUUGGGAAGACACUUAGUUGUUGUACCUAAGUUGAUUCAUCCACUUCCACCUCCAAUCGGAUCACCAGAGUCAUCUCCAGAACACCAUUUGGAUGAGACAUGGAUGCAGGAACUCAAUAUUCAGAGGCCACCUACCCCCACUCGUGGCCGACCUCAGCCUGCUCAUGAUCGCAGUUCUUUGGCUUUUAUUUAAGUUCUGAUUGUGUCAAUUGAUGCACUAUAGCAAUUAGUGAAAGUCAUCCGUCUUAUUGAGCUCUGUAAAGUAAUGUACAAUUGGAAUUGUAUUUGAGCACUUACAUCAAUGUAAACAAAAUUUUCUUGCCCCAAGAAGGAAUUUUCCUUCCUGUGCUAUUGUAGUUACUACCUGUUUCUGUUCAUCAGUGUUUCCCCUCACAACUGGUUAUUCUUUGCAAAGGUUUGCAAGCUAAGUUAUUGGAUUUCUAAUGUUGUGGUUAUUUGUCCAAUAUUGCAUGGCUUUUCCUGUGUCACGGUGCUGAUCCUUAAACUUUGAAGUCUUAUGUGUACCGGUUUCCUCAUGAGAAACACUGCACAGCUCAGGACACAGCAUUUAGACAUUAUGGUAACCUCCUUCAGGCCGCGUAGGGUUCCCGGCAUGAAUUUGUAGGCUCCAUAAGCUAUGGAAUUUGUACCUUUAGCUAAUAUUUUUUAUAUUAUGUGCCAAUAAAAAUGGAAUGCUUCGGCUAAAAUGUUGAGUUGUUUAGGCUGAAUUCUUCUGGAUUCAACCAUGUAGAACUAUUUGUGCCUUGACAUUUUGGAUCCAUCUUCGGUGAGAAAAAGGUAGAAGCCUAUGCUUGUGUAGAGUUGUUUAUUUUGGGAUUUCUAUUUAUUGUGUUAGUCCUUUUAAGGAAUCUAAAGGCUGUAACUAUUCUUAUUUAAUGUACAUGCAUUCCAUAGUGUUUAACAGAUUUUGUUAAGCUGGGUAUAACAGGCAAUCAACUUUGUAAUCUA